AUGGCUGCAGCCACCACCACACUGGGCCUCACAGCUGGUGGCAAAGGUGGCUCAGAGGGGCUAGACUCAGACUCUGGUUAUCCCACUGAAGAAGAAAGUGGCAGCGUUUCCAGGAGACUGGACCCCAAGGAGCCCCUGGGUAGCCAGAGAGCAGCUUCCCCAACCCCGAAGCAGCCUUCUGCUCCUGCUCCCAGCCGUGAGAGCCCCCAGGAGACGAGGGCACAGGGCCCAGCAGGCCAGGAGGCUGAUGGCCCCCGCAGGACGCUGCAGGUAGACAGCAGGACGCAGAGAUCAGGGCGGUCCCCCUCUGUGUCACCGGACAGAGGCAGCACCCCCACAUCACCCUACUCCAUCCCCCAGAUCGCCCCCCUUCCCAGCAGCACGCUGUGUCCCAUAUGUAAGACCUCGGAUCUCACGUCAACCCCCAGCCAGCCAAACUUCAACACCUGCACCCAGUGUCACAACAAGGUCUGCAACCAGUGUGGGUUCAACCCCAACCCUCACCUCACCCAGGUGAAGGAGUGGCUCUGUCUGAACUGCCAGAUGCAGAGGGCUCUAGGGAUGGACAUGACCACUGCGCCUCGCUCCAAGAGCCAGCAGCAGCUGCACUCCCCAGCCCUGUCUCCGGUCCACUCCCCAGCCAAACAGCCCCUGGGGAAGCCGGAGCAAGAAAGAUCACGGGGCCCAGGGGGACCACAGCCUGGCCCCCACCAGGCUGAGACAGCCAGGGCCACCUCAGUGCCGGGGCCUGCCCAAGCAGCUGCCCCUCCGGAGGUGGGGAGGAUGUCUCCUCAGCCCCCUCUCCCCAUCAAGCCUUCCACAGCUGAGCCCAGGCCACCUGCAGGAGAGGCCCUGGCCAAAAGUGCCACCACAGCACCCUCUGGGCCUGGUGCUGCUGAGCAGACCCAGGAGGGCCUCACUGGGAAGCUCUUUGGCCUUGGUGCAUCGCUGCUGACCCAGGCGAGCACCCUCAUGUCUGUGCAGCCUGAGGCCGACCCCCAGGGCCAGCCUGCCCCCAGCAAGGGGCCGCCCAAGAUCGUCUUCAGCGAUGCCAGCAAGCAGGCUGGCCCAAGACCUCCAGGCUCAGGGCCCGGGUCUGGGCCAGCACCUGGAGCCAAAACUGAGCCUGGAGCUAAAACAGGUCCUGGAUCAGGGCCUGGAGCCCUGGCGAGAACUGGGGGAACAACCAGUCCAAAGCAUGGCAGAGCAGAACAUCAGGCAGUGGCCAAGGCUGCUGCCAAGCCAAAGACCAUGCCGAAGGGAAGGGCCACCUGCCCACUGUGCCAAGCUGAGCUCAACGUGGGCAGCAGGGGCCCCGCCAACUAUAACACCUGCACCACCUGCAGACUCCAGGUGUGCAACCUGUGUGGCUUCAACCCGACGCCCCACCUGGUGGAGAAAACUGAGUGGCUCUGUCUGAACUGCCAAACUAAGCGGCUGCUGGAGGGCAGCCUGGGAGAGCCGACCCCACUGACCCUGCCCGCCUCACGGCAGCCCCCUGUAGGGACCCCUCACCAUGCAGCUGGAACAGCCCCUCCGAAGCAGAAAGGGCCACCAGGGCUGGGCCAGCCAUCAGGCCCCCCACCUGCCAAGGCCAGUCCCCUGCCCACCAAGGCCAGUCCCCUUCCUACCAAGGCCAGUCCCCAAGCCAAGCCCCUCAGGGCUUCUGAACCCAUCAGGACCCCGAGCAGUGCCCAGGAAAAGAAGACAGGAAUCCCAGCUAAAGCUGAGCCGGUGCCGAAGCCACCUCCAGAGACUACCCUGCCCCCUGGGACUCCUAAAGCAAAGGCUGGGGUGCGGAGGACUGAACCUGCCACCCCCGUCAAGGCGGGGGUUCCAGAAGCCCCCAAGGGUAGGGAGGCGGAGGAGCCGGUGGGCAAGCCUUACUCUCAGGACCUGUCUCGGAGCCCGCAGAGCCUCAGCGACACAGGCUAUUCCUCCGAUGGUGUCUCCAGCUCCCAGAGUGAGAUCACAGGCAUUGUGCAGCAGGAGGUGGAACAGCUGGACAGUGCAGGGGCGACAGGGCCACGCCCGCCCAGCCCCUCUGAGCUCCACAAGGUGGGGAGCAGCAUGAGGCCUUCGCUGGGGGCCCAGGGCCCGGCCCCCAGUGGUGAGCGGAGCAAGCCGCCCUACGGCAGUGGUGAGGAGCAGAAGCGGCGGCCCCACUCCUUGUCCAUCAUGCCCGAGGCCUUCAACUCGGAUGAGGAGCUGGAGGAUAUCCUGGAGGAAGAAGACUCUUUGGAGUGGGGGCGCCGGAGGGAGCAGCAGGACACGGCUGAGUCCUCAGACGACUUCGGCAGCCAGCUGAGGCACGACUACGUGGAGGACAGCAGUGAGGGUGGCCUGUCCCCUCUUCCGCCCCAGCCCCCAUCCCGGGCAGCAGAACUGACUGAUGAGGAGUUCAUGAGGCGGCAGAUCCUGGAGAUGAGUGCCGAAGAAGACAACCUGGAGGAGGAUGACGCUGCCCCCGCCGGGCACGGCCCGGUCAAACAUGGCUCCCAGAAGGGCAGCCCCCGGCCCAGGCCCGAGCCCAGCCAAGAGCCGGGAGCGCUGCCCAAGAGGCGCCUGCCCCACAACGCCACCACGGGCUAUGAGGAGCUGCUUUCCGAGGGAGGCCCAGCAGAGGCCGCAGACGGCACUGAGGCUCUGCAGGGCGGGCUCCGCCGCUUCAAGACCAUCGAGCUCAAUAGCACGGGCAGCUACGGCCAUGAGCUGGACCUGGGCCAAGGCCCCGACCCCAGCCUGGACCGGGAGCCCGAGCUGGAGAUGGAGAGCCUGACGGGCUCGCCUGAGGACCGCUCCCGUGGGGAGCACUCCUCCACACUGCCGGGCUCCACGCCCAGCUACACCUCGGGCACCUCGCCCACCUCCCUGUCCUCGCUGGAGGAGGACAGCGACAGCAGCCCCAGCCGCCGGCAGCGGCUGGAAGAAGCCAAGCAGCAGCGCAAGGCCCGGCACCGCUCACAUGGGCCCCUGCUGCCCACCAUCGAGGACUCCUCAGAGGAGGAGGAGCUGCGGGAAGAGGAGGAGCUGCUGCGCGAGCAGGAGAAGAUGCGGGAGGUGGAGCAGCAGCGCAUCCGCAGCACGGCCCGCAAGACCCGGCGUGACAAGGAGGAGCUGCGGGCCCAGCGGCGGCGUGAGCGCUCCAAGACCCCCCCCAGCAACCUGUCACCCAUUGAGGAUGCCUCCCCCACGGAGGAGCUGAGGCAGGCGGCCGAGAUGGAGGAGCUGCAUCGUUCCUCCUGCUCCGAAUACUCGCCCUCACCCUCCCUUGACUCAGAGGCUGAAGCCCUGGAUGGUGGCCCCCCUCGGCUCUACAAGUCAGGCAGUGAGUACAACCUGCCCACCUUCAUGUCCCUCUACUCUCCAACCGAGACGCCCUUGGGCAGCACCACCACUCCCAGUUCCGGCCGGCCCCUCAAGAGCGCUGAGGAGGCCUACGAGGAGAUGAUGCGGAAGGCCGAGCUGCUCCAGCGGCAACAAGGCCAGGCAGCAGGGAGCCGUGGGCCCCAUGGUGGCCCCUCUCAGCCCAUAGGCCCCCGGGGCCAGGGUUCCUUUGAAUACCAGGACACCCCAGACCAUGACUAUGGUGGGGCUGCUCAGCCGGCCUCGGAGGGCACGCCAGCCAGCCUGGGAGCAGCCGUGUACCAGGAGAUCCUUCAGACGUCACAAAGCAUUGCCUGCAUGCAUCAGGCCUCCUCACGGGACCUGGCCUUUGCUGAGGACAAGAAGAAGGAGAAGCAGUUUCUGAAUGCCGAGAGUGCAUACAUGGACCCAAUGAAACAAAAUGGCGGCCCGCUUACCCCUGGUACCAGUCCCACCCAGCUCGCCGCCCCUGUGUCCUUCUCCACCUCCACCUCCUCUGACAGCAGUGGGGGCCGAGUCAUUCCCGAUGUCCGUGUUACUCAGCAUUUUGCAAAGGAGCCUCAGGACCCCCUCAAGCUGCACAGCUCUCCUGCCUCCCCCAGCUCUGCCUCCAAGGAAGUAGGCCUAACCUUUACCCAGGGCCCUGGGACUCCAGCCUCCACAGCUGUGGCUCCUUGUCCGGCUGGCCUGCCACGAGGGUACGUGACUCCGACUUCCCCAGCAGGCUCUGAGCGCAGCCCUUUGCCCUCUUCCACUGGCCACAGCUAUGGACAGAGCCCAACCACUGCAAACUAUGGGUCUCAAACUGAGGAGCUACCCCAGCCCCCCCGUGGCCCUGCUGUCAGUGGACGGGCUGCCAGAGAGAAACCCCUGAGUGUGAGUGAUGGCGAGAGUGGCACCCUGCAGACCUCCCGGGGAUAUUCCUACUUUGCAGGCUCCAGCCCCCCUCUCUCUCCAUCUUCUCCCUCAGAGAGUCCCACAUUCUCCCCUGGCAAGCUGGGCCCAAGGGCCACAGCAGAGUUCUCUACACAGACGCCAAGCCUGACCCCUGCCUCGGACAUGCCACGGAGCCCUGGUGCCCCCACCCCGACACCCACAGUGGCUCAGGGCACACAGACGCCACACCGACCCAGCACGCCUCGCCUGGUAUGGCAGCAGUCCUCUCAGGAUGCCCCCUUUAUGGUCAUCACACUGGCGUCAGAUGCCUCCAGCCAGACCAAGAUGGUCCAUGCCAGUGCCUCCACCUCCCCAGUGUGCUCACCCAUUGACACCCAGCCCACCACCCACAGCUACAGCCAGACAACACCUCAGCUGCCCCCAGAGCCACCUGGGCCACCUGGCUUCCCGCGGGCAGCCAGUGCUGGUGCAGAUGGGCCCCUGGCACUAUACGGCUGGGGCGCCCUUCCUGCUGAGAACAUCUCCCUGUGCCGGAUCUCCUCCGUCCCUGGAACAUCUAGGGUCGAGCCCGGCCCCAGGCCCCCUGGCAGUGCCGUGGUAGACCUUCGCACAGCCGUCAAGCCCACGCCCAUCAUCCUCACUGACCAGGGCAUGGACCUGACCUCUCUUGCUGUGGAAGCAAGGAAGUACGGCCUUGCUCUGGAUCCAAUCCCAGGACGGCAGUCUACCGCUGUACAGCCUUUGGUUAUCAACCUCAAUGCCCAGGAGCAGACCCAUGCCUUCCUCAGUACCGCCACCACCGUGAGCAUCACCAUGGCCUCAUCUGUGCUCAUGGCUCAGCAGAAGCAGCCUGUGGUCUAUGGAGACCCCUUCCAGAGCCGGCUGGACUUUGGCCAGGGUGCGGGUAGCCCCGUGUGCCUGGCCCAGGUCAAGCAGGUAGAGCAGGCCGUCCAGACAGCCCCGUACCGUGGUGGGCCCCGAGGAAGACCCAGGGAGGCCAAGUUUUCCAGGUAUAACCUGCCCAGCCAGGUGGCACCUCUGGCCAGAAGGGAUGUUUUGAUCACUCAGGUGGGCACUGCCCAGAGUGUUGGCCUCAAGUCAGGCCCAGUGCCAGAGCCUGGUUCCGAACCCCAUCGGGCCACCCCUGCAGAGCUGCGGUCACACGCCUUGCCAGGUGCCAGGAAGCCACAUACAGUGGUGGUGCAGAUGGGAGAAGGCACAGCAGGCACUGUGACCACACUGCUCCCAGAGGAGCCGGCAGGUGCCCUGGACCUCACUGGGAUGAGGCCCGAGAGCCAGCUGGCAUGCUGUGAUAUGGUCUACAAGUUCCCCUUUGGCAGUAGCUGCACAGGUACCUUUCACCCCGCCCCCAGCGCACCUGAGAAGAGUGUGGCAGAUGUUGCCCCACCCAGCCAAAGCAGCGGCCCCUUCUACAGUCCCCGGGACCCUGAGCCUCCCGAGGCCCCCACCUACCGGGCACAGGUGGUCGGGGGGCCUGGGCCCCAUGAGGAGCAGAGGCCCUACCCACAGGGCCUCCCUGGCAGGCUGUACUCCUCCAUGUCCGACACCAAUUUGGCUGAGGCUGGCCUCAACUACCACACCCACAGGAUUGGUCACCUCUUCCAGGGCCCUGGACGAGACUCAGCCAUGGACCUCAGCUCACUGAAGCACUCCUACAGCCUGGGCUUUGCAGAUGGACGCUACCUUGGGCAGGGCUUGCAGUAUGGUUCAUUCACGGACCUACGUCAUCCCACAGACCUUUUGACUCACCCGCUUCCCAUGCGGCGCUACAGCUCAGUGUCAAACAUCUACUCAGACCAUAGAUAUGGCCCACGGGGAGAUGCAUCUGGCUUCCAGGAGGCCAGCCUGGCCCAGUACAGCGCCACCACGGCCCGUGAGAUCAGCCGUAUGUGUGCUGCCCUCAACUCCAUGGACCAGUACGGAGGGCGGCGUGGCAGUGGUGGCGGUGGCCCCGACCUCAUGCAGUAUCAGCCCCAGCCGGGGCUCAGUGCCCCGCAAGGUCUGGCUCCCCUCAGACCUGGCCUCCUUGGGAACCCCACCUUCCCGGAGGGCCACCCAAGUCCUGGGAACCUGGCCCAGUACAGGCCUACAGCAGCCCAGGGAACAGCAAUCAGACAGCUGCUGCCAUCCACAGCCACUGUGCGUGCAGCCGACGGCAUGAUCUACUCGACUAUCAACACUCCAAUCGCUGCAACACUGCCCAUCACCACCCAGCCUGCCUCAGCACUGCGGCCCAUGGUGCGUGGUGGCAUGUACAGGCCUUAUGCAUCCGGAGGAGUCACAGCCGUGCCACUCGCCAGCCUGACACGCAUGCCCAUGAUUGCCCCCCGGGUACCUCUUGGGCCCACAGGGCUGUACCGAUAUCCUGUACCAAGUAGAUUCCCCACUGCUUCCAGCGUUCCACCUGCUGAGGGUCCUGUCUACCUGGGGAAGCCUGCCGCUGCCAAGGCCCCAGGGGCUGGGGGCCCACCAAGGCCAGAGCUGCCAGCAGGGGCUGCUCGGGAAGAGCCUCUUUCCACAGCCACCCCUGCUGCUGUCAAGGAGGCUGUAGCAGCCCCAGCCCCAGCCCCAGCCCCAGCGGCUGGCCAGAAGCCGCCGGUAGAUGCUGCUCCUGGGGGCGGCAGUGGGGCCCUCAGCCGGCCAGGGCUCGAGAAGGAGGAAGCAUCACAGGAGGAGAGGCAGCGGAAGCAGCAGGAGCAGCUGCUACAGCUGGAGCGAGAGCGGGUGGAGUUAGAAAAGCUGCGGCAGCUGCGGCUGCAGGAGGAGCUGGAGCGGGAGCGUGUGGAGCUGCAGAGGCACCGCGAGGAAGAGCAGCUGCUGGUGCAGCGGGAGUUGCAGGAGCUGCAGACCAUCAAGCACCACGUGCUGCAGCAGCAGCAGGAGGAACGGCAGGCUCAGUUCGCCCUGCAGCGGGAGCAGCUAGCACAGCAGCGUCUGCAGCUGGAGCAGAUCCAGCAGCUGCAGCAGCAGCUGCAGCAGCAGCUGGAGGAACAGAAGCAGCGGCAGAAGGCUCCCUUCCCUGUGGCCUGUGAGGCACCCGGUCGAGGGCCUCCCCCAGCUGCCACAGAGCUGGCUCAGAAUGGCCAGUACUGGCCACCCCUGACCCAUGCGGCCUUCAUUGCCGUGCCUGGGCCUGAGGGGCCUGGGCAGCCUCGUGAGCCCGUGCUGCACCGGGGUCUCCCCAGCUCCGCCUCGGACAUGUCACUGCAGACUGAGGAGCAGUGGGAGGCAGGCCGCAGUGGCAUCAAGAAGCGGCACUCCAUGCCACGCCUGCGGGACGUGUGCGAGCCAGAGUCAGGGCCAGAGCCCUGUGUGGUCAGGAGGAUUGCAGACAGCAGCGUGCAGACGGAUGAUGAGGAUGGAGAGGGCCGCUACCUCCUGACCCGGCGGCGCCGGGCACGGCGGAGUGCUGACUGCAGCGUGCAGACGGACGACGAGGACAGCGCCGAGUGGGAGCAGCCAGUGCGCCGCCGCAGGUCCCGUCUUUCCCGCCACUCAGACUCUGGCUCCGACAGCAAGCACGAUGCUACUGCCUCAUCAUCCACUGCCGCCCCCGCCAUGAGGGCCAUGAGCAGCGUGGGCAUCCAGACCAUCAGCGACUGCUCCGUGCAGACAGAGCCUGACCAGCUGCCCAGAGUCUCUCCAGCCAUCCACAUCACAGCUGCCACCGACCCCAAGGUGGAGAUCGUCAGGUACAUAUCAGCGCCAGAGAAGACUGGGCGUGGGGAGAGCCUGGCCUGCCAGACGGAGCCGGAUGGGCAGGCCCAGGGUGCGGCCGGGCCGCAGCUUGUAGGGCCAACUGCCAUCAGCCCCUACCUGCCUGGCAUCCAGAUCGUCACCCCAGGGCCCCUGGGCAGAUUCGAAAAAAAGAAGCCAGAUCCCUUGGAGAUUGGAUACCAGGCCCACCUGCCCCCGGAGUCCCUCUCACAGCUUGUGAGCCGCCAGCCUCCCAAGUCCCCCCAGGUCCUCUACUCACCAGUCUCACCCCUGUCCCCACACCGGCUCCUGGACACCUCCUUUGCUUCCAGUGAGAGGCUGAACAAGGCUCACGUGAGUCCCCAGAAGCACUUCACGGCUGACAGCGCUCUCCGCCAGCAGACGCUGCCGCGCCCCAUGAAGACCCUGCAGCGGUCCCUGUCUGACCCUAAGCCCCUCAGCCCCACCGCCGAGGAGUCUGCCAAAGAGAGGUUCUCCCUCUACCAGCACCAGGGGAUACUGGGUAGCCAGGUGUCGGCGCUGCCACCCAACGGCCUGGUCCGCAAGGUGAAGCGGACACUGCCUAGUCCCCCUCCAGAGGAGGCUCACCUGCCCCUGGCUGGCCAGGCUCCCCCACAGCUGUAUGCGGCCAGCCUGCUGCAGCGUGGGCUGGUGGGGCCCACCGCUGUCCCUGCCACCAAGGCCAGCCUGCUCCGGGAGCUGGACCGGGACCUGCGGCUGGUGGAGCACGAGUCCACCAAGCUGCGCAAGAAGCAGGCAGAGCUGGACGAGGAGGAGAAGGAGAUCGACGCCAAGCUCAAGUACCUGGAGCUGGGCAUCACCCAGCGCAAAGAGUCUUUGGCCAGAGACCGGGGUGGCCGUGACUACCCGCCCUUGCGUGGUCUCAGUGAGCAUCGCGACUACCUGUCAGACAGUGAGCUCAACCAGCUGCGGCUCCAGGGCUGUGCCUCUCCGGCUGGCCAGUACGCAGACUUCCCUGUCACUGCCGCUGCUCCUGCCACUCCCUCCGGCCCCACUGCUUUCCAGCAACCCCGGUUCCCACCUCCGGCGCCACAGUACGCUGCAGGCAGCGGUGGGCCAACACAGAAUGGAUUCCCAGCCCACCAGGCACCCACCUACCCUGGCCCCAGCACGUACCCAGCACCUGCCUUUCCUCCCGGCGCCAGUUACCCUGCUGAGCCUGGCCUGCCAAGCCAGCAGGCUUUCCGUCCCACAGGCCAUUAUACAGCCCAAACACCCAUGCCAACCACACAGAGCACCCUUUACCCAGUCCCGACUGACAGCCGUACCCCCCACCAGAAGCCACGCCAGACAUCACUAGCCGACUUGGAGCAGAAGGUGCCCACCAACUAUGAGGUGAUCGCCAGCCCUGUCGUGACCAUGUCUUCAGCCUCGUCUGAAACCAGCUAUAGUGGCCCAGCAGUAAGCAGCAGCUAUGAACAAGGAAAGGCCCCUGAGCUGCCACGGGCCAGUGACCGUAGUGGUGUGAGCCUGAGCCCAGCCCCCACCUACCCCUCUGACUCACACUACACCAGCCUGGAGCAGAAUGUCCCUCGGAACUAUGUGAUGAUUGACGACAUCAGUGAGCUGACCAAGGAGAGUGCUUCCACUGCCCCUGACAGCCAGAGGCUGGAGCCCCUGGGGCCGAGCAGCAGUGGGCGUCCAGGGAAAGAGCCAGGAGAACCAGGUGUCCUUGAGGGGCCCACACUGCCCUGCUGCUAUACCAGAGGGGAGGAAGAAUCCGAGGAGGACUCCUACGACCCCCGUGGGAAGAGCGUCCAUCACAGGAGCGUGGAGAGCAAUGGCCGACUAGCCAGCACCCACUAUUACAGUGACAGUGACUACAGACACGGGGCUCGAGCAGAGAAGUGUAGCCCAGGCCCCGUGGGGCCCAAGCAUCCCUCCAAGAGCCUGGCCCCGGCUGCCGUCUCCUCAAAGCGCAGCAAGCACCGGAAGCAGGGCAUGGAGCAAAAGAUCUCCAAGUUCUCACCUAUCGAAGAGGCCAAGGAUGUAGAGUCAGACCUGGCCUCCUACCCCUCCCCUGCAGUCAGCAGCAGCCUGGCCUCUCGGGGCAGGAAGUUCCAGGACGAAAUCACCUACGGGCUCAAGAAGAAUGUGUAUGAGCAGCAGAGGUACUACGGGGUGUCCAGCCGGGACCCAGUGGAGGAGGAUGACCGCAUGUACAGUGGGAGCAGCCGGUCCCGGGUGGCAUCUGCAUACAGCGGGGAGAAGCUCUCCAGCCAUGACUUCAGUGGCCGGGCCAAGGGAUACGAGCGGGAACGGGAGGCUGUGGAGCGACUUCAAAAAGCGGGCCCCAAGCCCUCAUCUCUGAGCAUGGCCCAUGGCCGGACCCGGCCCCCCAUGCGGAGCCAGGCCUCUGAAGAGGAGAGCCCCGUCAGCCCUUUGGGGCGGCCCCACCCUGCUGGGGGCACCCUCCCCCCGGGGGACACCUGCCCACAGUUCUGCUCCAGCCACUCCAUGCCUGACGUCCAGGAGCACGUCAAGGAUGGACCACGGGCCCACGCGUAUAAGUGUGAGGAGGGCUACAUCCUGGAUGAUUCCCACUGCGUAGUUUCCGACAGCGAAGCGUAUCACCUGGGCCAGGAGGAGACAGACUGGUUUGAUAAGCCCCGGGAUGCCCGCUCUGACCGGUUCAGGCACCACGGGGGCCACGCAGUCUCCUCCUCCUCCCAGAAGCGAGGCCCUGCCAGGCACGGCUACCACGACUACGAUGAGCCCCCCGAGGAGGGCCUGUGGCCACACGAUGAGGGUGGCCUGGGCCGCCAUGCUUCAGCCAAGGAACACCGACACCAUGGUGACCACGGGCGGCACUCAGGCCGCCACACUGGCGAGGAGCCGGGCCGGCGUGCUGCCAAACCACACGUUCGAGACCUGAGUCGCCAUGAGGCCCGGCCUCACCCUCAGCCCAGCCCUGCCCCAACCGUGCAGAAGAAGGGUCAGCCUGGGUACCCCAGCUCUGGUGAAUAUUCACAGCCGUCCCGUGUUCCAUCAGCUUACCAUCAUGCCUCUGAGAGCAAGAAGGGCUCCCGGCAGGCCCACUCAGGGCCUGCUGCACUGCAGCCAAAGCCAGAACUCCAGCUGCAGCCGCAAGGUCGGCAGGCAGCUCCAGGUCCACAGCAGUCACAGCCGCCUCCAUCCAGGCAGACGCCCUCAGCAACAGCAUCGCGCCAGCCGCAGACACAGCAGCAGCAGCAGCAGCAGCAGCAGCAGCAGCAGCAGCAGCAGCAGGGUCUCGGGCUACAGCCUCUGCAGCAGGCCCCUUCGCAGGCCUGCCUGCAGCAGCAGGGCCAGCCAGCUGCCCGGGGUCCGGCCCCCGCUGCCAGCCAGCCAGCAGGGAAGCCUCAGCCAGGGCCCUCAACAGCCACAGGCCCCCAGCCAUCAGGACCACCACGGGCAGAGCAGGCGAACGGCUCUAAAGGGACUGCCAAAGCACCCCAGCAGGGGAGACUUCCUCAGGCCCAGCCACCACCAGGACCUGGACCUGCAGGCAUGAAGGCUGGAGCCAAGCCUGGAGGGACCCCAGGGGCUCCUGCCGGCCAGCCAGGUGCCAACGGGGAGAGUGUGCUCUCCAAGAUCCUCCCUGGUGGGGCAGCAGAGCAGGCCGGCAAGCUGACGGAAGCUGUGUCUGCUUUUGGCAAAAAAUUCUCCUCCUUCUGGUGACCAUGCCCUGCAGGCAUCUACAAUCUGGCAAACCUUGGCCCAAAGACUCACACCAGGUGGGACGUGGCAGGCGGGCCUCAGUUGAGGACGGGAUGUUUUCUAACAGCAGCUGCCGGGGUGAAACAUCUGUUGGUCAAGUGGGACCAUUGGCCCAGGGGGACCUGUGAUUGUCUUUCCAGAGACCCUGCUCUCCUCAGGGCACCACCUUCAAGGCGUAGCCAUCGUUGGGAGGCAGGAACCCUCUCUGCAGGCUCUGCCACACGGCAGUCUUGCUGCUCUUCCCACAGCCGCCUUCUGCGGCCUGGCCAGCCAGGCUACCAAUGCGUUAUACACAGAGUUUGGGCACGCGCAGCCUGUUUUUGACGGACGCUGCCCUCCCUCCACAAUGCCAGAAGUUUUUCCACAGCCUUGGAGAGGGGCUUUGACUGAGGGCUGGGGGCCCCGGGCUCUGUUUCCUUCACAUUCCAGCUGGCUCAGAUCCCUCUGUGGCCACAGGGCCCUGCCCCCUUCACCCUGCCCCCUGGGUGACACCGGAGCAGACUUCCAUGUGGCUAGCGUGGGAUUGGGAGAACUUUACAAACAUUAGGACCUAACACUGUCUCAUCGCUGAAAUAAGAGGCCAUAGCACCGAAAAGCAGCGUGGGCGCUGGCUGAGGCUUCUCCCAGCCCGUGGGUGGCCGCGUGCUAGCACGCCCGCCACUAUCUUCAAAGCCAUCACCCCCAGUCAUCGUGAGCAUCCCAGCGGUACCACCAUUGUCUCGACCAGCCGGCUCCUCGUUCGUACACCUGGGGAUUUCUUUUGAUUUCAAGAACAGCCUUAAUCAUUUCAGUUUGAUUUAAGUGUAUACCUCAUAAACAUUGUUCUUUUAUUUCUCCCCCGACCCUUUCUCUCUUCGCUCUCUCGGCUCACCUCCUUGCCUCUCCCCUCCACCACCACCUUGUGACUGAUGGUUUGGUUCCCUCUCUGCUCUGCCCCUGCUCAGCACAGGGAGAAUAUUGACUUAGAAGCAAUAGUGGGCAGCAGGCCACCAAGAGCACAACCCCAGGGCGGGGUCUAGGGAGGCCCCUCAGCCCGCCUCUGUUUACCGUGCAACUCCAGUCCUUCUUAAGCCAUCACCAGUGGACAUGCUCAGAGCAGAGGGGCCAGGGCUUCUGCCAGCCAAGGGAAGGGCCCAGGGCCCUGCGCUGGGGAGUGUGGCGCUGUCCAUCCACCUGGUGGACUGGGCGGUGUUCUUCCCUGAGGCCCUUCCCUUAGGGGCCUCCCUUCACCUUGGGCACAGCCACAAGUCUCAUCUCUAACGUUCUAUGCAAUGAAAUAUAAACCCUCAAAGACAACUGUUAAUAUUUAUUAAAUUCCGUGUUAUGUAUAAGGAGUUAAUUGCAAACCUGCAAUUGAGAAACUGGAUAGAUAUGCUCAUAUCAAACCCCUCGCUCCCUUCCCCCUCCCCCGCUCCCACCGUGUGUGUGAAAUUCUCAGUCUGUGGCAUGUUCGACCUGUGGCAGGACUCGCUGCUGCCAGGCGAGUCACCGCCUGUCCUGCAGUGGAGCAUGCACAGCUCGCAGCCUCUUUGCACGAUUUCAUCCAUUUUCAAUGCUCGACCCUCUUGCUUGGAGUUCUUUUUGUCUCAGAACCUCUCCUUCAGGAGUGCUUCUAGCUAACUUCUGCACGAGCUAGUGAGGACCCGCCAGAAUUGCUGCCCAAGCAUGCCAGGCUGUGGGCCCGGCAGGACAAGGCCCCACACCCCCUGCAGGUUUCUCUGACCAAGAUGUCUCUGAGGAGACACGUGGUGGGAGCCCGCACAGGAUGUGUGCGUGUGAACAUUCUGAAGGUUUGCUGUAGGAUUUCCAUCUGUAAGUCACUCCCCCACUUACCCAAGCUCUGAGCCAGAGACAUCAGGCCGCCCCUUCCCAGCGGGGCACUGCUCAAGAGCAGAGCUGGGCUGCGUCUGUAGCCAGAGAGACAGAGGCCAAGGGUAGGGCCCAGCUCCUGACUGCACCUCUCCGUGCCUCUCCUUUGUGGCUGGGAGGCUCAAAGGUCUGUGAGCCAGGAGAUCUGGCCAGGGGGCCAGAGAGUGCUCAGGAAGAGCUGGAGUUUUGGCAUUUGUGGUGAGGACAGCUGACAGUGUCAUCUUUGAUCAGAGUGCGUAUUCACAUAGACAGUGGCUUCAAGCUGAGUUUCUUGGGAAGCUUCUCAAUAACAAAACUUACAGAAGGUUCUGUUGUGACACUCUCUGCAUCUGUCUCCAGGACCUAAACUCCCUGCCAGCCCCUAUCUCUGAAGCCUAAGUAUCCCACUGCUCAUCAGCUUCUCUACGACUGAGCCAAGAGUGCGGCAGGUGGUAGCUGCCCGACCCCUCCAGGCCUGGCCUUCCUCCAGAGUGCUCUGGUUUGCACCAUGCAUUUCUCAGGGGUCCACAUUUCUCAUCCUUUCCUGUAAGGUCUACAAACCCCUUCAGAGAGGGAUCCUGGCCCACCUCUGGCAGCUGUGGAUGAGAUAGGAGGCUGUCAACCCUUGUGUUGGGCCUAAGACCCUGCCCUUCUGGAUUUGGGCUUCACCCAUCCAACGGGACACCUGCCUCAUCCCAGAGAUCAGGCCUGGGCUGUAUGAGGCCGUCUGUGCAAGGGCUGAAGGAGGCCACCAUCUGGCACCUCUGACCACCCAGGGCCAGGUCUUUGUGGGGAUGUGCCUAGUGGCUGGAUACAUGAGGGACUAAUGCAGUGAUCCUCCCCAUAAAAGGCCAAGGGAUGGGACCAGGAGCAGGGAACAGGCAGGGAGAUGACAGCAGGUCAGCCUCCAUCAAAGCUAGUUUCACGCUCUCAAAUGUUGACUUUUCAGCAAAUCUCCUUUCUGGCCAAGCUCUCUGAGUUUGAAAUUUCUGACAUCUGCCACUCCCUAACCCCCAGCGUAUCCACAGGACACAUCUGUACCUAUCACCCCUUGUGAAGGUGGCUGGAGCAGGCCUCUGGGCCACAGGUGUCCUGGCCCUUGUGUGGAUACAGCUGUGGCUCUGGGGUCCAGAGGCUGAGGGACCAGUAUUCGAUGCCUUGGGCAGUGGGGAGCACCAAGCACAUUUCCACAUUGGCAAGGGGUUCUCUGGGAUGCAGUCCAGGCCUUCUCUACACCCUCCCCCGACCCAGUGUCAUGAACAAGGGCACUGCCGCCUCUGUCUACUUCAGGGCCUAAUGCAUUCACAGUGACACCCCCCUUCCCCACCAUCCACUUAGUCCUUGGGAAGAGAGGGUGGUCUCAGGGCCCAUGAUGAGUGGGCAGCAGUGGCAGCAACUAUGGCCUGUCUUCUGGAGCCUGUGGGGAGUUUUCCAGGCAGAUUCUUUGCCAUGACAACAAGGUCCUGGCCUGUUGGCCCCUCCCUUGCCCUCGUGCCCCCUCCCCCUAUUCUGUAAAUACUUGUCAUUGUGGACUCUAACAGGGUCAGAGGGACAGGCCUGACCGACUGAAACUCCUCAGAGAUAUCAUUUCUGUCUCCCUGGGUACCAGCAGCCCUGCUGCCAUGUGCACUGGGGUGGCACUGGAGAGCCAUGGAAGUCAUGAGAUAUUGUGUGUGUAUGCAUGUGAACAAGUGUGUGAAUGUGUAUGUGUGUGUGUGUCUGCCUCAUUUGGCCUCUGGGAUCAAAUCAGCUCCUUCUCUCUAAGUGCAGUGCCCUGGAGAGUGGUGGCCGCCCAAUGCCUUUCCUCUGCUAGCUUCCAUGUCUUGUUUUUGCUUCCCCCUCACUCCUUCCCUGCCUCCCUUCUUUCCUCUCUCCCUUUCUUUCCUUCUCUCCUUCUUUAUUUGAGGGGGGAAGAGUGCUGUACAAAGUCAAACAAACAAGUUUACAGUUGUAAGUGCAAUGAAUGACCCGAGUCCUCCACAUGACCUUGUGAAUUGUGUGCCGUCCUCCUGUGCUCUGUGAGAACUCGUGGUACUUCAGUGUCCCUCCCCCUGUAUUGUAACAAGGUAAUUCUGUGGUAUCAGAAUAAAAGGACUUGAUAUAAACAACCUA